UAAUGUUAAUAGAACGAUUUGCAAUCAGUUUCACUUCAACCACUGCCUCUGCCUUGAGUAGGUUCUUUUGGUCGCAAUUUAACAAACACAACACGUGCAUUUUAGAUUCAAGACAAGUAAUUAAAUAUGACUUCAAUCAAAGAAUACAAGCUGGGCAAAAUUUUAAUCGAAGGAAAAACUAAGCAGGUAUACGAUUUGCCACAAAAUCCCGGUCUCUGUUUAUUGUUGAGCAAGGAUCGCAUCACUGCAGGAGACGGAGUGAAAGCUCAUGAUUUGCAAGGAAAAUCAGAAAUUUCAAACACAACCAAUGGCCAAGUGUUUCAGAUAUUAAACGAAGCUGGUGUGCGGACAGCUUACGUGAAGCCGGCCGGACCUAAGGCUUUUAUUGCAAAAAAAUGCCAAAUGAUUCCAAUUGAGUGGGUUACACGUCGCUUAGCAACGGGUUCUUACUUAAAACGCAACACAGGCGUCCCAGAAGGUUAUCGAUUUUCUCCACCAAAGCAGGAGACAUUUUUCAAGGAUGACGCGAACCAUGAUCCUCAAUGGUCUGAUGAGCAAAUCAUUUCCGCAAAAUUCAAUUUGAAUGGAGUUCUAAUCGGACAAGAUGAAGUGGACAUAAUGAAGAAAACAACUGUACUGGUUUUUGAAAUUCUUGAAAAGGCAUGGAGUACUCGAAACUGCGCGUUAAUCGAUAUGAAAAUUGAAUUUGGCAUUGACGAAGAAGGCGAAAUUGUUUUGGCUGAUAUCAUUGAUUCAGAUUCGUGGCGUCUAUGGCCGGCAGGUGAUAAACGUUUAAUGGUCGACAAGCAGGUCUAUCGUAAUUUGACCUCGGUUACCAGCGCCGAUUUGGAUGUGGUCAAAAGCAAUUUUGUUUGGGUCAGUAAACAAUUGCAAGACAUUAUUCCGAAGAAUGACCAUUUAGUUGUAAUAUUAAUGGGAAGUGCUUCAGAUUUGGAUCAUUGUGAAAAAAUUUCAAAGCAAUGUAAAGCUUUAGGCUUAAAUACCGAGCUUCGCGUAACUUCAGCUCAUAAAGGACCGGAAGAAACGUUACGUAUUAUGCGCGAAUACGAGAGCGUUAUGAAUAAUCUCAUACUUAUAACUGUAGCCGGUCGUUCCAAUGGCCUAGGACCCGUGUUGUCCGGCAGUACGACCUAUCCCGUAAUCAACUGCCCGCCAUUGAAGGCUGAAAACAUGCCAAUUGAUGUUUGGUCCAGUCUAAAUUUACCAUCCGGUUUGGGAUGCGCAACUGUUUUGUAUCCGGAGGCUGCAGCAUUGAAUGCUGCUCAGAUAUUAGGUCUUUCCAAUUACAUGAUUUGGGCAAAAUUGCGCGUAAAGCAGCUCAAUAACUUUGUUACGCUUAAAAAAGCUGAUAAACAAGUGCGAGGUGUUCGCAAGGCCUGAUUGGUCACUUGAAGUGAUUAUAGAGCCCAUAUACUUUGAUGUUUUAUUUAAAUUUGACGACAAAAUUUAAUUCGGCACAUAAUCACAUCCAAAUAUGUAAAUAGGUGAUCUUAACUUAAUAAAUUUUGUAAAUGA